ACAUUAUGAAAAAGUGAGAUAAUAACAUGGAAGUAAACCCAUUUCGUAACAGAAGGUGAAGAGAGUAAAUAAAUAAAUCCAAAGGUAACAAAGGGAGAUGAAAAAAAAGACCCCAAAAUUAUGAAGGUUAUUGGUAGCCGUCAUUCGUUGCACCAUUACUGUGAAACUCUUUUGGGGGGUGAAUUGAAUUGAAAAAAAAAAAAGAUUAAUCCUUUGAAGAGCCUCAAAUUCUCUCUCUUUCUCUAUCUCUUUCUCAAUGUUUACAGCUUCCCUCCAUUAAAUGCAAUUGCACCCUCUCAAUACGCUUUGCAUUAACUCUUUGGCAGCCACAAUUUUCUCCAUCUCUUCACUCUAUCUUCUUCAUCUUCAUCUUCAUCUUCAUCUUCUUCUCCUUUAUCUUCUGCAACUUCAUCUCCUUCGUAUGUCACUUUGUUCCUACACCUACGCCCCUUAAAACCUACUUCUUAUAUAUACCUUUAUAGCUCAAACGGUAAAGGCUGCUUUCGCAGGAAAACCAUUAGUUACAGGUAACGAGGGCUAGAAGCAGAUCCGUAUCUCCUCCUUUCCCUGUGGCUUUUCGAGGGAUCUACUUUAUUAGACAUAGCCGAUGAACGGAAAAGGAAAGAGAGUUGGUUUGGAGACUGACAAAGAAGGCAUAGUUGGAUUCUCCGUGAUCUUGGUUGGAACGUUACAUAUGAGAGGAUUUUUUCAAAAUCGUCAACAUUUCAACAUUCUUCUUCUAUAGAUUCUCUCCUACUCCUACAUUGGCACGUAAGAAUCAGAUAUUCUAUAAGGAUAAAUAUACUAUAAUAUAAGCUGAAGGGACGAGAACCUUUUCAGCUGCUAAAAGGAAGAACACAUUGAUAUAUGAACAAAUAUUGGAUAAGGCUUUUGGGAUUCUGAAACAUCAUGCCAGCCGGAGUAAUGAUCCCGGCAAGAAACAUGCCGUCGAUGAUCACCGGAAACGGGAGCGUUAGUGGAUAUGGAACAUCCUCAGGACUUACACUUGGUCAGCAGCCUAACAACAUGAUGGAAGGUCAACUCCACCCUCUUGAGAUGACCCAAAACGCUUCUGAAAGUGAAAUUGCUCGAAUGAGAGACGAAGAAUUCGACAGUACAAACAAAUCUGGUAGCGAAAAUCAUGAAUUAGGUGGCUCUGGAGACGAUCAAGAUCCUCGUCCCAACAAAAAGAAGCGUUAUCAUCGCCAUACCCAGCAUCAGAUCCAAGAAAUGGAGGCAUUUUUCAAAGAGUGUCCACACCCAGAUGACAAGCAAAGGAAGGAGCUUGGGCGUGAGUUAGGGUUAGAACCGUUGCAAGUCAAAUUCUGGUUCCAAAAUAAGCGCACACAAAUGAAGACUCAGCAUGAGCGUCACGAAAACACACAGCUGCGAACUGAGAACGAGAAGCUAAGGGCUGACAACAUGCGAUAUAGGGAAGCUUUGAGCACUGCUUCAUGCCCAAAUUGUGGAGGUCCAACUGCUGUUGGACAAAUGUCAUUUGAUGAACAUCAUCUCAGACUUGAGAAUUCUCGAUUAAGGGAAGAGAUUGAUCGUAUAUCAGCAAUAGCUGCAAAGUACGUGGGCAAGCCAGUGGUGAACUUUCCUCUACUUUCAUCUCCUGCGCUUCCUCGACCAUUUGAUUUCGGUUCACAACCUGUCACCGAGGAGAUGUAUGGUGUUGGGGAUCUUCUCAGGUCUAUUAGUGCACCUUCCGAGGCCGAUAAGCCAAUGAUUAUUGAGCUUGCGGUGGCAGCUAUGGAGGAACUGGUUAGAAUGGUUCAGAUGGGGGAACCUUUAUGGAUGACCAGUCUUGAUGGUACCACCUGUAUGCUGAAUGAAGAAGAGUAUAUUAGGACUUUUCCUAGCGGAAUUGGGCCAAAACCUACUGGCUUUAAAUGCGAAGCUUCAAAAGAAACUACUGUUGUUAUCAUGAACCACAUUAACCUUGUUGAGAUUCUCAUGGAUGUGAACCAGUGGUCAACUGUGUUUUCGGGAAUAAUUUCGAAGGCUUCAACUUUGGAUGUUCUCUCAACAGGAGUAGCAGGGAAUUAUAAUGGAGCCCUUCAAGUGAUGACAGCUGAAUUUCAAGUUCUUUCACCUCUUGUUCCCACUCGUGAGAGUUAUUAUGUAAGAUACUGCAAACAGCAUGCAGAGGGAACUUGGGCUGUAGUUGAUGUUUCUUUGGAUACUAUACGCCCCAGUCCCACUGUGAGAUGCAGAAGAAGACCAUCUGGUUGCCUAAUUCAAGAAAUGCCCAAUGGCUACUCGAAGGUUACAUGGGUUGAGCAUGUAGAAGUGGACGAUGGAGGUGUUCACAAUCUGUACAAGCAACUGGUAAGCUCCGGCCAUGCUUUCGGAGCAAGACGAUGGGUUUCUACUUUAGAUCGACAGUGUGAGAGGCUUGCAAGUUUAAUGGCUUCUAACAUUCCCACCGGCGAUGUUGGGGUGAUAACAAACCAAGAUGGGAGAAAGAGUAUGCUGAAGCUAGCUGAGCGAAUGGUAAUCAGUUUCUGUGGAGGAGUUAGUGCCUCUACAGCACACACGUGGACGACAUUAUCGGGAACUGGGGCUGAUGAUGUAAGGGUGAUGACCCGAAAGAGUGUAGAUGAUCCAGGUAGACCUCCAGGGAUUGUGCUUAGUGCUGCAACGUCGUUUUGGCUCCCCGUUUCACCUAAGAGGGUUUUUGAUUUCCUCAGAGAUGAGCAUUCUCGAAGUGAGUGGGAUAUUCUGUCUAAUGGCGGAGCUGUACAAGAAAUGGCACACAUUGCUAAUGGUCGGGAUCCAGGCAAUUGUGUUUCACUACUUAGAGUAAAUAGUGCCAAUUCAAGCCAGAGCAACAUGCUGAUUUUACAAGAGAGUUGCACUGAUCCAACAGCCUCUUUUGUGAUCUAUGCUCCUGUUGAUAUUGUUGCGAUGAAUGUUGUCCUAAAUGGAGGGGAUCCGGACUAUGUUGCUCUUCUUCCCUCGGGUUUCGCAAUACUGCCUGAUGGAAUGACUGUGACUGACGUAGGAAUGGCUGAUUCCGGCGGGUCUAGUGGAUCUCUUCUAACUGUUGCAUUUCAGAUUUUGGUCGAUUCUGUGCCGACGGCAAAACUUUCUCUAGGAUCCGUUGCAACAGUAAACAAUUUGAUUGCAUGCACCGUUGAAAGGAUAAAGGCAUCUCUGUCAUGCGAUAAUGCAUGAACUUACCGCAGCUUUAAAUCGUAGCUAUCUUAGCUAGAGACUAACUUAAGGAGUAAAAAAGGGAAGGUAAAUUAAGAUUAAGAACGAUGGGGUUGAGGAAUUCGAUCUUGGAAUUAUAGAAAAGGAGGGGAGAAGUCAAGAACGCACCUUGCAUGAGCCUCUUUGACAUGUUGAACUUUUGUUUGGGAGUCAAGAAACUGACCUAAGCAAAUUCAUCAUUUGUUCAAGAGUUAGAGGUUCGGGAAUUGACUUCCCCCAAGAAGAAAAAGUGAAUGCAAAAACUUCAUAUAUAGACCUUUAUUGUAAAAGGGGAUUUUAACUUAAUGUUUAGGGAUUUAAAUUUUUGUACAAGUAAUUGGAUUUCUAGUGCCCUUUUACCUUCUUCCCCUUCAAUUGAUUGUGUUUCUUGAAUGAAAGUGUUUUGAAUGUUUGUAUUACUGUUCAGGAAGAUUAAAAGUUUUAAUUUCAUUUUCAACAA